AUGGUAGAGUGCACCUCGAAAUCAAAUGACAGCAAAGAGAUUCUGCCCAUUUUCUUCAAUGUGGAACCUGCUGAUGUCAAACUUAAAACAAAAUUAUAUAGCCAAGCCCUUUCAAAGUAUGAGAAGCGGUUUAGCACUCAAGUAGAGUCAUGGGAAAAGUCUCUUAUCGAGGUGAACGAGAUUAAGGGGUGGAACUUGAAGAAAGAUGAAGGCCGGGGAGAUCCGAUCCAAUACGUAAUUCAAACUGUUUUGGUUAAGCUAAAUGUCGGAUUUAAAAAUGUGACUGAGCAUCUAGUUGGAGUUGAUGAUCGAGUACAUUCUAUAAUCAGAAUGUUGGAUGUGGAAUAUGAUGGUGUCCAAUUUCUUGGAAUCCAUGGAAUAGGCGGGAUUGGCAAAACGACACUUGCCAAGGUUGUCUACAACCAACUGUCUUCUCAUUUCGAAGGUUGCAAUUUCCUUUCGGAUAUCCGAGAGUCAUCCCAACGCCGAGGUCCGGUAUAUUUGCAAAAACAAUUGUUAUCCAAGUUCUUGGAUUCUAGAUCUGUCGACCAAAUUCAUGAUGUUGAUGAUGGUACCAACAUGAUUAAGAGAGUACUUUGCAAAAGAAAAGUGCUCAUUGUUCUUGACGAUGUUGAUGACAAAGAGCAACUCAAAAGUCUAGCAGAAAAAGGUAAUUGGUUUGGCUCUGGUAGUAGGAUAAUCGUAACUACUAGGAAUAGAAGUGUCCUAAUGGCCGAGGGAGAAGUAAUAGGCGAAGUCCUUGCAAAAAAGCCUACAAAAAUUUCAACUUACGAAGUACAAGAAAUGGAAUUUGAGCAUGCUCUUAUGCUUUUCAGUAGGCAUGCCUUUAGAAGAGACUCUCCACCAUAUCAUUAUGCUUCCCUUUCAGAAAAUGUUGUCUCCACUUUGGGAAAGCUUCCUUUAGCAUUGGAGGUUACGGGUUCAUUCCUUUCUGGUAAAUCCAAAGCAUUAUGGGUAGACACAUGCAAGAAGCUACAAAAAGCUCCUCCCAUGGAAGUCCAAAGAACAUUGAUGAUAACUUAUGAAAGAUUAGAUAAUGCACAAAAGCAAGUAUUUUUGGAUAUAGCUUGUUUUUUUGUUAAUAAGGAUAGAACAUACCCCUUCUACAUGUGGGAUGAAUGUGGAUACUACCCACACAAUGCCAUUGAAGCCCUCUUUCUCAUGUCCUUGAUUAAAAUCAAAGAUGACAACACUUUUUGGAUGCAUGACCAAGUGCGCGAUCUCGGAAGGGAAAUUGUCCAUCAAGAGAAUUUCAAAAAUCCUUGCAAGCGUAGCAGAGUGUGGAAUCACGAGGAAGCCUUGAACAUUCUGAAGCGAAAAGAGGCGGCAAGCAAACUUAAAGUACUAGAUCUCAGCUAUUGUAACUACUUAAUGAGAACACCUGAUUUAUCUAUGUUGGUGUCCUUGGAGAGAUUGAUUCUUGAAGGCUGUUGCAACUUAGUUGAAAUUGAUGCAUCCAUCGGUAAAUUAGAGCAUCUAACUGCUUUGAACUUGAAGGGAUGUGACUCUCUUGAAAAGUUGCCUGAAGAAAUAGGAUGUCUACAAGCUUUGAUAGAGAUUGUCAUGCCUAAUACGCUACGUAGACUUCCGGAGACGUUUGGUAAUUUGCGGUCAUUGUUGACCUUUGAUGUGUCACAUAGUCGGAUUAGCAAAUUGCCAUGCUCGAUUGGAGGGUUGGUGAAACUUAGGCGGUUGAAUUUAUCUGAGUGUACGAAGAUAGAGGAACUUCCCGACUCGGUUGGGGAAUUGCAAUCAUUAGUGGAGUUGGAUUUGUCAUCGACAAGUUUGGAUCACCUACCUGAUUCAAUGGGCAAUUUAAAGCAACUGAAAGUACUUAGGAUAAACCGCAUAAGGGGGAUAACAAGAUUACCAAGUGCGAUCGGGCUGAUGGAGAUACUUGAAGAGUUGGACGCUAGUGGAUGUGGCAACUUGACUGGCGAAAUCCCCGAAGAAAUUGGGAGCCUGUCUUGUUUGAGAAUCCUGGACUUGUCAAGCACUAAAAUAUCUGGAUUGCCUAAUUCAAUUGGCAAACUAAAGCAACUGAAAGUACUUAGAAUAAACAACCUAGUUGGGAUAACAAGAUUACCAAGUGCAAUCUGGCUGAUGGAGAAGCUUGAAGAGUUGCAUGCUAGUAGAUGUUACUUCAUGAGAGAUUGCAGGUCCAUGAAAAGGAUGUCAGACUUACGGAAAUUGAGAAAGCUAAGGAAGCUCAGAGUAGGAGAAUGUCCAAAGCUAAGGAGCGUGGAAGGUCUACUGGGAAUCUUCCCAGAAGUGGUGGAUUCACGAUUGCAGGUCGUUGGAGAGUUUGGCUGA